UUUGGUUUUUGCAGGAACUCUUUCAAUGAAGCUCUUUCUUUGCUCUUCGGUCUUGAAACAGACUUGGUGAACUACCGGGAUUUGGAGGACGAUGGACCUGGACUCCAGUGGGACGUUGGAGGUGGCUGCACUCGGUCGGCCUUUCAGACUCGGGAUGCUGUAUGACUGCCGCAAAGACUCGCUCAUAACUGGCCUGACGUUAUGGGACCAGGAGGACCUGGUAAAUAACAUAAGUGAGAGGCCACAGUCCCGCAAUGAAUUUGAUAUAGUUGCGUCUGAAUCAGUUGAAGACAAGGCUUCUUCACUACAUGUUGAUGCUUCUCUCAAAGCAAGUUUCCUGGUUGGUCUUGUUAAAGUUUCUGGAUCAGCCAAAUACCUGAAUGAUAAUAAGACUUCCAAAUAUCAGGCCAGAGUAACACUGAAAUACAAUGCAACUACAAAAUUCAAGGAACUGACAAUGAAUCAUCUUGGAAGAGGAAACGUGAAGCAUCCAUAUGUCUUUGAAAAAGGAUUAGCCACACAUGUGGUCACAGGUAUUCUUUAUGGAGCACAAGCCUUCUUUGUGUUUGAUCGACAGGUGUCGGAAAACGAAAAGCACCAAGACAUUCAGGGCAACUUGAAAUUAAUGAUCAAGAAAAUUCCCAAAAUGGAAAUUGGGGGUAAAGGUUCCCUGCAUAUGAAAGACCAAGACAAAGAAAGUGUGAAGAAGUUCAGCUGUAAAUUUCAUGGAGACUUCUGUCUCAAGAAAAGUCCAGUGUCCUUCCAGGAUGCUGUGGAGGUCUACCAAAGCCUGCCAAAACUUCUGGGCGACAAUGGAGAAAAUGCUGUUCCAGUAAGAGUCUGGCUCCUUCCUCUGACAACUUUAGAUUCUUCUGCUGCUAAACUUGUUCGUCAGAUCAGUAUAAGAUUAGUUCAGAAAGCACAAAGUGUCCUGGAGGAGUUUCUUGAGCUGGAAAUUAGAUGCAACGAUGCAGUGAAAACAACCACUGCGCAGCAGGUCCCACUGAUCAGCCAAAAAAUUAAAACAUUUCAAGAGUUAUGCUCUGAAUUCAAGCAGGAAUUCCAACAAACACUGGCAAAGAAACUUCCAUUAAUCCGAGGAGGAGGAGAAGAAGAAGCUGAACUUGCAGAAAUCCUGAAGAACAGACAUUCUUCUCCUUUCAACAGCAAAAGUCUGAAGGAGUGGAUGGACUGUAAGGAGAAAGAAGUGCGGAUCUUGAAGUCUUUGACAAGCAUGAUGAUCAACACUAAGAUCGUCCCAUCUCAGAGUGAUCUCGAUGAGGAGAUUUUCGGUACAAAGUAUGCAGUGUGUUUUGUCUUCACAUCAUUGGGUAAUGCUGAACCAUACCUCUCAGCUUUAGAGAACCACUUAGAAAAACACAACUCAGAAAACCCUGCAGAUCCACGAUCACAUGAUGUUGAGAAGGAACAGUGGUACCUCUCAAAAGAUGUCACAGAUACACUGAGACAUAAAGCAAAGCUCUUCAGUGAUUUUGCAGAAUCCAACACCGAGAACAAGAACAUUAAGUUCCUGACAGUGGCUUUAACAGAUGAGACACACAAAGGUUCAAGCAUCUACGUUUAUAAGGAUGGAUUUUCAGUCAGUGACAACUUUGAGCCGCCUUCAAAACCUGACAGAGUAACUGUGAGUGACGUGAACUACAACAGUGUGACUCUGAAGAUUUCUCCACCCAGAUUUGGAGUUGAAGGCAUCACCUCCUACUGUGUUGAAUACUGUGUCUGUGGAGAAGAUGGAUGGCAACAAACCACAGCACCUAAAGCUGAGGAGGCCACAGUGAGUGGUCUGAGUCCUAACACAGAGUACAUGUUCAGAUGCAGAGCAGUGACUCCAGUAGGUCUAGGGCCUGCAGCUCAAGUCAGUGAUCCCAUUAAAACCCUACCCUGCAGCCCUCCUGGAACACCUCAAACACAAUCAAACUCUACUGAGAUAUCAGUCAGCUGGGAGAAACCUGCUGAGGUCGGAGAAGAUGUCCAUAUUCUGAGCUACAUGGUGGAGUACGCUCAAAUGGAUGGAGUUGAUAAGGCAGAUCUCCAAUGGAACCAAAUGGAAUCCGGAGGUGAAAAGGUGAUCAUUUCAGGACUUCAGUCUGAGACACGAUAUGCAGUCAGAGUCCGAUGUGACUGUGGUGUCGAUGGAGGAAGUAAAGAAAGUGUCACCGUUAACGUCAGCACAAAAAAAAUUACAUCACGUCUUGCAGACAACCUCAAACAGAGAAGUGAGGAGAUGAAUUCAGACACACCUUCUGUCUGGAAACUGCCUCUGAAAGAGGAACGUACAACCAUACAUGGAUGUAGAAGAUACAGUUUUGGAGAAGAAAGCAACAGGGAAAAUCGUACUAUGAUCCUUUUUGGAUCAGGAACGUCGACUCUCAUCAAUGGGAUGGUCAACUACAUCUUAGGUGUCAAAUGGGAAGACUCAUAUCGGUUUAAACUAGUUGAAGCAGAAAGUCAGACCUCUGAAGUCAAAGUGUACAAAAUAAACCACCGUGAAGGGUUUCAGAUCCCCCACUCCCUGACUAUCAUUGACACUCCAGGGUUUGGAGACACAAGAGGCAUCAGAAGAAGCAGAACCAUCACACAGCAGUUACAUCGCCUCUUCACCGAUCAGUCUGGUGUCAGUGAAAUUGAUGUUAUCUGUUUUGUAGCUCACUCUGCUUUAGCUCGACUCACACCAACACAGAAACAUGUGUUUGAUUCUGUUCUCUCAAUCUUUGGCAAAGAUGUGGCAGAAAACAUCAGGAUUCUGGUGAUGUUUGCAGAUGGCCAACGCCCACCAGUUCUAGAGGCGAUCAAUGCUUCAGGUUUCCCAUGCCCUAAAACUGAUGACGGUCUGCCAGCUCACUUCAAAUUCAACAACUCUGCUCUGUUUGCCCAGAAACGAUCAUCUGACGAUGAGGAUGGAGGCUUCGAUGAGAUGGUUUGGAACAUGGGAUUUCAAAGCAUGAAGAGGUUCUUUGCUGCUUUGAAUCAAAUAAAAACCAAAAGCUUGACAAUGACAAAUAAGGUCCUCAUAGAGAGGCAGCAACUUCUAGUUUCAGUAGAAAAGUUGCAAAAACAGGUAAAAAUGGGUCUAUCCAAACUUGAGGAGAUAAAAGAGACAGCUGAGAAGCUCCAAGACUUGGAGACUGAGAUCUGUACAAAUGAGAAUGUUGAGUUUGAAGUCACUGUUAAGAAACCUUUUCAGAAAGACAGCGGACGUGGGAGUGGGCGUUAUUUUACCAACUGUCAGCAGUGUCAUCACACUUGCCAUGAAGACAGUCUGGACGAACAUGACGAAGAUAAAAUACAAUGUCCUGCCAUGGGUCCAGAUGGACACUGCACAGUGUGUCCUGGGAAAUGUCCCUGGAACGUACACCUUCACCAAGAGUUCAAAUGGGAGUGUCGGGAAGUCAAAGAGGUGAGAAAAGUGAAAGAGCUUAAGGAGAAGUACCAGGUCCUCACAGAAGCAGAGAAACCUGUUCAGGCUUUAAUUUCCAACCUCAUGAAAGAAUAUGACGUGGUCAACACUGAGGUGGAAAAACUGACCAACGAGGCGACGGACUGUUUCAACCAUCUGAAGGAGAUCGCACUGAUGCCAGACCCCGUGUCCACACCAGAGUACAUCAACAUGCUCAUCGACGCAGAGAAAUCUGAGGCCAAGCCUGGCUGGGAGGAACGAGUCCAGUCCCUGAUUCACGACAAGGAAAAGUUUAAGACGACUAAUGUGUCUGUGAGUCAGAAUCAGCUGCUGGCUCAGGCUCUGUACAGGAUAGGAAAGGAGCUGGAAAAUAAUGAAGAACUUCAGAGAGCGAUUCUCUCAGUUCACACAGAAACCAGAAGAAGUCUCUACGUAAAAACAGCCCUCAGGUUGGCAGGUGUUUAUGGAGCUCUGCUGUCUGCUGUCUACUAUUCAUCAUGAUGUACAUUCCAGAUAUCUUCAUUUUCAUAUUGUUCUGAUUGGUUGGUUGGUUAAUUGAUUGAUCAGUCAAAAGAUGAAAUGUUAUGUAAAUUUGGACAUUUGUUGUCACUGCGUCCAUGUUUAAAUUUUUUUAAUAUAAUGUGAUUCUUUUAUAUCUUGUCAUAAUCAAUAUUGUGUCAUUUUACUUCAUUAAGGAAAAUCAGUGAACAGUUCAUGGAAAAUUCAAUCAAAUUCCAUCAAAUUGUAUUUAUACAGCGCCAAAUCAUAACAAAAGUUAUCUCAUGACACUUUACAUAUUGAGUUGGUCGAAGCCAAAAUUCACAUUCCUGCAUAAACAUUAUAGCACAAUGAAUAUUUAUGGAUGUUGGCUGGAAAAAUAAGACAUUUACUGACAUUUAUUUUUUAUUAUAUCCUCUGAUCUUGACUUUCAAAGAUCUAUUACAAUCCGGAUGAUUUAUAUUUCUUACAUGUCAUCACAUAUCAUGUUGAUUUUAUUCUUUGUGACUUUCAUGUCGAUGUCUACAAAGAAAAUAAAGUAUGAUUUUUUCACACUUU